AUGUUUUUUUUACGAGCUGUUUCAUCAGUGAAACUUGAGGCCAUUGCCAGUAACCAAUCGGCUUUGGGUUUCUUGGCUUUUGCCAUGUUUGCUCCAUUGGUGAGGUUCCGGUGUUGUGCGGAAGAGUUCCGAUUCCCUCAAACCAUCCACACAUCAUCAUAUUUACUAAAAAACACCAGAUCUGGUGUGGUCCGUAGAACUCGCAACAUGUCAGAACCUUUGACCUAUGAGCAGGCCAAGAAACCUCACCAGAUUGGCGUACUUAAGUCCUGGAACUCUUGGAAUACGGCGAAUCUUCAUGAUGAGGAUCAUUAUACUGGUAUUGUAACCUGGCACGAUUCUCUUAUUCGAUUGUUCAUCCGAGGAACUUUUCCGACCUAUAUACUUAGUGAAAUAAUAAUUCGACGACAAGCUAAUAUGGUGCACAUAUGUUUUAAUUUGUCGAGUCGUCUUUCUGCUAACGAGAUAUAUUUCCUCGUUGGGUAUGGCGAGCAAAUGCUAUCUUACCUCCUGCGUUGUCCUGUAAAAAUUGAACCGAGAAUGAUUCUCAACCCGAAGGAUGUCAUAUUUCGCUAUAUUUAG